AUGGCUAGAACUCGAGGAGCUAAGUCCUCGUCCCCAUCGACUCGCCUGAGAAUCCCAAGAGACACGCCUAUCCAGGGCUUCAUAUUCGAGCCUCCGCGGCCACGAGUUGUCCUACCUCCGGUUGAGGACGCACCCAUCAGUCCUCCGUCCAGGCGUUAUAACAUAAGAAGGUCACUUACCAUGGCCGGUGCGAGCUCUUCUAAAGGCCAAAAAUCAGGUACUGGUCCCCCAAAGAAGAAAGCCAAGGUCUCUAAGCCAAUUGAUCUAACAGAGUCGUCUUCAGAGCCUGAAUCAGAGCCUACGCCAUCUCCGCCGCCUGUCAAAAAGUCUCCACCACCUGCCAAAAAGACUCAGCCAUCUUAG